CCCUCUAUGGAGCCCAGUUAAAGACGUUACCCUCCUCCUGCUCGGGUUCUCCAACUCCAACGACAACUUCUCAGCCGUUAACAACCGUUGGAUUAAUGUCUCCGCACCGAGCGAUGCUGUGAGGGGGAAACAGCAGAAGUCAAGCCGGCAUGUGGAGCUCUUUCAGCGGCUGAACCUUGAGACGUUACCGGGGAGAUGAGUUCAUAGCUAACGGUCCACCACCAGAGCUUCUCCGUUCUCCUGCUAGUUGGAAGUGUACCUGUCGAUUCAUCAUGGCUCGUGGUUGCAUCUGCUGCGUUAAAUACAUGCUCUUCCUCUUCAACCUGCUCUUCUGGCUGGGCGGGUGUGGACUGCUGGGUGUUGGCGUGUGGUUGUCGGUGUCUCAGGGCAGCUUUGCGACCCUAUCGCCCUCCUUCCCGUCAUUCUCCGCCGCCAACCUCAUCAUCACCCUCGGUACCGUCGUCAUGGUGACGGGUUUCCUGGGUUGCCUGGGUGCCAUCAAGGAGAACAAGUGCCUGCUGCUGAGUUUUUUCAUCGUUCUGUUGAUCAUCCUCUUGGCCGAACUCAUCCUCCUCAUCCUGUUCUUUGUCUACACCGACAAGGUGAGCGAAAAUGCCAGAAGGGACCUGAAAGAAGGGCUGGUGCUGUACAACACGGACAACAAUGCUGGACUGAGGGAUGCAUGGAACACCAUACAGGGAGAGUGGAAAUGUUGUGGAGUGAUCAACCACAAUGACUGGUACACCGCCCUGCAUGACAACGUGGUGCCUGACCGCUGCUGCCAGCACAUUUACCCGGGCUGUGGACGCAACGCCACAAACACCUUCUGGACACGGGGUUGCUAUGAGAAGGUAGAGGAGUGGCUGGAUGACAACAAACACCUUCUGGGAACCAUCGCCAUGUGUGUGUUGGUCAUACAGCUCCUUGGUAUGGCUUUCUCGAUGACGCUUUACCAACAGAUCCACCGAGCAGGGAAGAAGUACGAAGCCUGACGGGAUUAACGUGGUCAUUCCAAACUGUUAAUAUACGUUACAUAAAAUAUAUCAUGUUUUGUUUGUAGUAAAAUAAUAAGCCAGCUAUCAUGUGUGCCAUUACAGCCUUUUAUCUCACAUUCUAUUGAACUAGUUUUUCUUACAAUAAGCUUUUUAAAGAUCGCACUCUAAUGCAUGUUGUUAUGUAAAAUAUUUGUGAUUUGUCUCUGACAAUCAGAACCGAGAAAAAAGACUGAAGAAGAAGAGUUAGGAGUAUUAUUUUUGGUUAAAAGCCAUACCUGUACUAAAAAGCAUUAUGUACUAACAUGUUCAAUAAAAGCACUCUUCUCAAA